AUGGACCCCAUGGCCUCCGUCCGCGCAUCGACCCGCCUCAGUAUUGCUUGGGCUGGCCGACCGGCAAAAGAGGACACGGAUACGCUCGUCCUGACGAUUGACGGGCUUAGUAUCGACCUACGCGUGUUCAUUACCGACCCGCAGAGGGGAGGUAUUGAUUGGGCGAGUGUCGGGGCUAUCUCAUAUGGCGAGGGACAUUCGGAUGCAACCCCCCGCUUAAUCUGGACGCAGCUCCUAGACUCGCGCCCACCUCCACCAACCGAAGCGAGUGCAGGCUCCUUCUCUAUCCUGAACAGCACCGACGUUCUAGAGACCGGCGUGAUGUAUAACCCUGGGACUGAACUCGACGAAGCGUAUGAUGAGGUAUGGCGACGUCUCUCCGUUCCCCCCGGAUCCAAAUAUACCGUCUUGGAACGCGUCGACGGCGUAUAUGGUCUUCCGGGAAGUGACCAGGACAAGGCACACAAAUUGCCCAGGGCAUUUAUCGCUCGCAUUGGGGGAUGGGUUCUGGGAUUGGGGCGGGAUGAGAAGGGCGAGUUUAGCGCAUACAGAGAUGACGAGGGGAUGCGGAAAUACAGCUUUGGAAACGGGCUGCCGACGCCAAGUGCCGAGGUGCAUGCUGGUGAGCGGAUCCACCUCGACGUAGGCGAGUGGGUUGUCCGCGUUGCUGGCCGGACUGGAUAG